AUGGUGAGCCAGGAGUCGGCCGCCGGCAUCGGCGCCUGCGUGAUCCUCGCCCUCGUGCUGCUACCGUUCCUCCGGCUGUUCCACGACAUGCGCAAGGAGGAGGGGCAGGAGGCCGACGACGGCAGCAGCCGUCCGCGGAGGGACGACGAGGAAGCUGCCGGAGGAGGCGGCGAGGAUACAGAUAGAGCAGCAGUGUGGCAGCAGCAGCAGCAGCAGCUUCCGGCGGCGGCGGAGCAGGCCGCCGGGUCGCCGCUGGUGUGCGCGUACCGGGGGGCCGACGGGUGGCGGGAGGGCUCGUGCGGGGUGUGCCUGUCGGAGCUGGCCGACGGCGAGCUCCUCAGGGUGCUGCCGGCGUGCAUGCACUACUUCCACGCCGGCUGCGUCCAGGAGUGGCUCUCCUCGGCGCACGCCACCUGCCCGCUCUGCCGUGCUCCGCUCGCCGCCACCGACUGA